UCUUAUCGUUUGAUACUUAAGUCAACUAAACGUCAUCUUAAUGCUGAAUUGUACAAUUGGUACAGUUUUGAAAAAGGUCAAAGUUACCUAAAUAACCGGAUAAAAUGUGUAACUCUCAGGAUCUAGAAAAUCCAUUAAUUUUGAGCCAAUUUCCUGCUGUCUACAUCAUACACCUCGGAAGUCAAUAAAUUCCGAUAGAAGUAGCAACUUGAUGAAAAGAAGGAAAAUAUGGAAGAUGAAGAUUCUCAAAAGAAAUUACAAGUAUUCAUCGAAAUGAGUUAAAGGAUAAAAGAAGCUUCAAAUCAAGUUGAAAUCAAUGUAAAAAAUGGAAAAAAGUGAAGGAAUAAAAGUUGAAAGGCACAAGAAUUUAACUGAAGACGAGAAAAGAAUUGAAAGGAAGAGCAUCGCGAGAAUAAAGGAAAAUUCGACAUCAAAUGAAGGAUGGAGAUUGGAGAGGAAAAGACUAUUCAAAGGAACCAUAAUCAUUGAAAGAAGGGAAUUUGAUAAAAUAUCGAGUUUUUCAAGAAAUAAACUGUUGAAAGACAAUUGAAUCUCAAAUUGUCACUUCAAAUUGAGAUAACGAUGGUGAUGUUGGUACAAACAUGUUAGACUCUACCUUUUCAGGAGUCAGUCUUGUCGCAUUACUAUCAUUAUUUAUCCCCAUUAUUUGGUUAUAUUGCUUAAAGAUACUGGAUUUAUUUACGUGUGGGAGGAAAAAAGAUGAAGUGGCAAUGGUUGACAUGAAUACUUCUCAGUCAAUGUUUAUCAUUCCUAUUCAAGGGAUUAGUGAUUCCAUUCAUUGAGACAUUUUCACUACUGAAUAUGUUAUAUUUGCUGUUACAAAGCCUGAGGAAAGAAAGCAAAAGGAAGGAAAAGUCAAAAUUACAAAUAGUCAAAGGAAAUAUAAUCACCUUGAUUCACUUAAUCAGAUUUCAUCUCUUUCUAGCGAAACCAUUGUCACAAUAUCGGGUUAUUUGGAUUGCUUGCUUCUCUCCUAAUUUCACCAUUUAUCAAUAAAUUUUGGUGUGACAUUCAAGUGUUAUCAAGAAAACAAAAUACAACAAGAGACACAAAAUUGUUAUCUAUUUGAAAAGUUACACUUUUGCCUGAUGUGACAACUUCAAAGACUGUUUAUUACUGAAACUGAAAGAUGACAAGAAAAAAACUGACGCUGAUAAGUACAUUUAACUCAUCCAGUCAACUGUUCAUUUCAUUUGGUUCCAUGUUAUUUUGUAUGCACAUUCAUUUUGAUUGAUUAUAAAAGUUGAUGAUAAUGGUGGAUAAUCAUCUUUUUUCCCAUGCCUAUCAUGCAUACAUAUUUCAGAUGGGGUUAAAUUGUCAGUCUUAAGCAAACUUUUCAUUUCAUUUGUCUUCUCCUUCUUCUUCAUUUCACAUUUCAUUUCAUUUCUUCAUUUGAUUAUCACCAUUAUAGUUGAUAUAAUGAGAGAAGAGAAAAAAAACGAGAAGAAGAAAAUGGAAGAUGUACAAGUUAUUCAUGAGAAAAACAGAAUAUCAGUUCUUUCAUUAUUACCUUUGAAUGGUGUUGGUUUUUUUGUCCUAGCAAAUUUAGCCUUAUGUACACAGAUAGACAAUAGGAAGCUCGUAAAAAGAUUGGAAAAGAGGAUGAAUCUGUUUGUUCCUUUCUCUACUCUUUCUCUUCAUCAUUUUCAUCUUCUCAUCAUCUUUCAAUGAAAAUGGUAGAGUAAAGCAAAUCCUUUUUAUCGAUUGACAUCCACCAUUUAUCCUUUUCUCACUUCAGACACUUGCUCUCACUCACUCUCUCUGGUUACAUUUCGCCAAUGAUAUUUUAUCCUGAGCAAUCAACAGAAUACUUGUAUAAUUCAGUCAGCAAUAGGCACCACAUCAUCCUUUCAACAUCACUCUCAUCCUGAUAUUCAUUUUUCAUGCUAUUCUCCCACCAAGAAUCCACCUUCGACAAAGAUUUUCAUUCCCUUUCUUAACCAUUUUAUUUUUUAACUUAUUACAUUCAUCACCAAACCCAAAUCAAAUUUUAUUUGUGCAACACCAAAAGUGAAAUAAUUCAAUCAAAGGAAUGACCAAAAUUAAAGUAGGCAAUUUACUUCGCUAUAAAAAAAGGAUUUUUCGUUCCAAUUGGAAACAAACCAAGAUAACCCUUUAUAAACAUGGUACCUUUGUUAUACAAUCACCUUCCUCUUCCAGUCAAACCAUGAUUCGAUGCGAAAAAGAGUCAACUCUAAUCAUUUUUGGACAACAAAUUAAAUCUGUACCUAAAAUACCGGUCUUACCUUCGGGUUAUCAAUUAGAACAGCUAUUGGCCAUUGGUUUAAUUGAGGAAAAUUAUACAACAGGAACAACCACAAUAAUAUUUUACUGGUUUUUAACACCAACCCUGGAUGAUUUGAGUGAAUGGAUUCUGGCUUUUCAUAACUCACUUCUUCGUGAUCCAAUUGAUUCAGCUGAUCAGGACAAUAACCAAGAACAAGAAGAUUCCGAUUUAGCUGUGGGUUUAAUGAUGGCUGGAGCUGCUUACUGGAACACAAUGACUUGUGAUACUUAUGAUACUCAAUUAGAUGUUGCCGGUGACUUUCAAGAUUAUUCAUUUGCCCAUGACUUAUCUCUAUGUGCAAUAUAAAACCCUCAAGUCAUUUCCUUCAACUUACCUCUUUCAACAUCGGCCAUAACCAUCAACAUCAUCUGUGUAUCGCCAUCAUCGUUUAGGUAACAUUAUAAUAAUAAAUUUAUUACCAACAAAAGCUUUCACACCUUAAAUGAGCCUUUCCCAAUCUCAAGUCAAACAAACUGUCAAAUGUGUCAAAAUAAUCGAGAUUAUCUCUUUUCUUUUCAUCCAUAUUUAUUCAUGAUAUUCAUGGUUUAUGUUAAAGUACAUUCACAUCCAUUCUUGCUCCUCUUUCAUAUUCAUUGUCAUCCAUUUUUACCUAAUGCCAGGUUGGUUAAAAACCCUUUUAUCCUUAAUGUUUACACACAACAAUGUAUACUUAUGAAGAUCACCUUCAAUCUCAAUUUCUUACACAAUCAGUGAAUCCUCCAAACCUUUUUCAUCUAAUGAUUGUCAAUUACCUAACCUUAUUCAGCUACUAGCAUGAAAAAUCAAUGUAACCAAUUUAAAUGUUUCAAUCCUCAACAGGUAAAAAUUCAGCAUAAAUACCCAGCAAUAUUAGUAGUGCAAUCAAACAUACACAAUACACAUGUAACUUGAAUGUUAGUAUCAUUUUAAGUAUCAAUCAAUUAGUUAGCAUCUAAAAAUUAUUAGUCGACAAUUAGAUUUAGUUAUUAACAUUGAAAAGGGGAAAUUAAUAGCGAAGUGAAGCAAAAAUUAAUCUUACCUCGAAUCAAGAGUAACCGAUCAGAAAGGUUUUUUUGUACCAAUAAAUUGUAAUUAUUUUUUUCCAUUCAAUUGAUAAAUAAUCAAUAUUUAAAUAUCUAAAUCAUGAGUCAAUUUUAGUAUUGAUGUUUUUCAGUUUAAUUUUGAGGUAAGAUGAAUGAGUACAUUUACAAUAUUGCCAAAUUAAUUCCCCUUUUCUGGUUAUCAAUACAUAAGAUUGAAAUAAUCGUCAGAAUGUAAACUUCUGAGCUCUAAAAUCAAAAAUACUGAAACGUUUGAAACCAAGAUGACAAUGAUGAGAUGAUCAAGUUAACCCUAAUAAAAUAGUCCCUUGAUUCUUGAUUGAUUUGUUAUAAUUCCUUGUAAAAAUGUUUUCACAAUCAAUAAUUGUACUUGUUGCAAGCUAAACUGCCAUUAACUAAACAGCUACAAUAAUUAUAAUAAUAGAUACCUUUUCAUUCAUUAUAUUACUACAACCUAAAUAUACAAUAAAUAAAUUGAUUAAAAAAAUUGA